GCACCUCCUGCUGAAAGCCCCUGCUGUAAUAUUUUUACAUUACAACAAUCAGCACAGUCAACAUCUUUAGCCUUUUCCCAUUGUGUUGGCAAGCAUGCCAGCUGUACCUGCACACUCUACUGUGACACAAUUAUCAACGCUGUUAUAGAAAAAAAAGUUCCACUAGAGCUUGUGCAUGGUUUCUGAAAAAAACACAAGAGUAGUUUCUAUUUGCACCAAAACGUAGGCCAACUAUAGCACAAAACUAUCUGACAAGAACAUGAAAGAAGAGAGUACAGAUUGAGGCAGCCACACAAGGGGCAGGAAGCACAAUUAUUGAAAUGAGGACUAAUGGGGUGAGACAAGGGUAAACAAGAAGGCACAACCAGGAGCGAAGUGGAUAGAAAAACACUACAUAGGAGCAAAUGAAAUAAAGACAAAACAGAAAAGGCUUUAAGAUGUCACUGCAUCUUGACAUCACUGAAACACCCACGCCCCCAGCAACUACAAAACUGUGAUAUAAAAUGAACUGAGAGCGUGAGAAUAUUUCAGAAUCACUUUGUUCAGACCACCUGUGAAUUCAGUGAUCAUGAGGCACGUACCGGUUUACCUGUUAGUUUUCUGGGCUAUGCUUCUCAUUGCCAUUUCUGGAGAAGUUGAAAUAGGCACUUUAAAAGAGUGUGAAAAUGCUCACUUUGUUCCAGGAUACAAUCUUGCUGGUGAAGGAUUUGAUGUUGUGACCCUGGAGCGCAAAGGUACUUACGUGAUCAACACAGAGAAAUGGGAUUUAGGAAACGGCACCUGUAACAUGCGCACAAACCAAUACAUGAAUGGAAUCAAGCAGAAGCUACCAGCUGCAGUUGACUUCUGGAGGACCUUGCCAAAGUGUUCAAUGAAAGUCUCCGGUCAGAUCUUUGAAUCAAGUGAAGCAGUGGUCGAAGAAUCGUCUUCAGCUAUCUCAGGCGACUGGAAAGCAGAUUUAAGUGUUAAACUUUCUGGAGCUACAGUUGGAGGCACUCAUUCCAGGGAAGCAAAAUUUGCAAUGCAGAAAUCCAAACGAGACAAAUACAGUUUCACCAAACACCAAGUCGAAUGUAACUUUUACAGAUAUCACGUUGUUCAAAAGCCUCCUCUUCAUGCUGAGUUUCUUCAAGCAAUCAAAUUACUCCCUGCAUCUUAUGAUAAAUUUGCCUACCGCAGUCUGAUCUCCACAUACGGCACUCACUAUACCACAAGUGUAAUGUUAGGGGGACACAUGAAAGCCAUAACAGCCAUAAAAACCUGUGAGGCUUCAAUUGGUGGACUUUCAGACACUGCAAUCAAAGACUGUUUGGAUGUCGAAGCCUCGGGCAUAUAUAAAGCAUUAACUGUGGAGGCAGAGGCACGUUUAUGUCGAGAACUUAAACAGAAGUUGGGCACAAAUCUUAAGAUGAGCAGCAAGUUUAGUGAGCGUCAGACAGAGAUAAUUGGAGGAAAGAUAAACGGAGAAGAUCUACUUUUUUCUGGUUCAUCACACAAAAAUGCCCUUAAAGGCUGGCUUGAGUCUUUGAAGAGCGUCCCUGAUGUUGUGCAGUAUACUCUGAAACCCCUCCAUUUCUUACUGAGCGAUAAACACCCUGCCAGAAAAGGGCUAAAGAAAGCUGUUGAAGAAUACAUCAUUGAAAAUGCCCUCAGGAAGGUUUGCUCUGAGCCUUGUAAGCUUGGUAAGAAGAGCAGUGCAAGAGAUCCUUGUGUUUGUGUUUGUGAAAGUAGCCGAAUUAUGAAGACUAACUGCUGUCCAACUGAAAAAGGGCUCGCCACCCUGAAGGUCUACAAUCUCAGAGCCAACGGUCUGUAUGGAGAUACAUGGACUCAAACAGAUGGUUAUGUAGAAGUCAGACAUCAAGGACAAAACAAACGCACUCAGAUUAUUGAUGAUAAUGACAAUCCACGUUGGUCAGAAUCAUUUAAUUUUGGUCAUAUUAAUAUCAAAAUCGGCAGUACAUUAACUUUUGAAGUAUAUGACGACGAUGACGGCUGGAAUUGUGAUCAUCUUGGUACAUGUUCUGUUAAAGUUAGCAGUGGAGUUGUUAAUGAUGGAUGUGCUUUAAAUCAUGGCACCUUAUUUUUCAGCUAUGAGGUGAAAUGUGCACCCAGUCUACAGGGCCCACAGUGUGAUGAACACAAGCCGUCGCCAAUGGCUGCCUCUCUGGCUGACAUUUUCAGCUCAAGAAACGGUGUUCUGGUCAAAGACAUGCAGAGGCUUGAAUUAGCUUUCAAUAACUCAGGUAUGACUCACUUUAAGGGUGAUAAUGGAAAGCUCAUGAUGCUGUAACUCUCAAAUAUAUUUUCAUGCUUGACAAAGAUGGAUAAGAUGGACUAUUAGACUUUCAAGCCUUAGAAAAAGGAAAACUUUUGCUUAAUACUUUUCCAUUGCUUUUUUUGCAUUAAUAAAGCAUUCCAAAAGACAGAUCUGUUUUGACUGAUUUUGUUUAGACUUGCAAAUUCUAAUAGCAGCUGCUGUGUACCAAAAGAGAGACAAC